CAGCAGCAGCAGAAUCAUCAGAUAUCUCUCUGUAACACUUUUUGGCUUAAGACAAGCAGGAUGUUUCGGCAUCAUGAUUAUGGAUAUCAUUCCUUAUUGCAGAUUUAAAUCACUAGCCUGGGCUGUUCUCAUCUCUUCACUGCUUUUGAUCAAUGGUACAUCUCCUUUGGGGAAUCCUCCAGCUGUGGACCUGUGCUCACCAAACCCGUGCCAAAACCAGGCCUUGUGUCGAAUCCGCGGGGAUGGCUAUGCAUGCUUCUGCGUGCCGGGCUUCCAGGGUGCUCAUUGUCAGAUUGAUGUCAAUGAAUGCGUCUCUAAGCCCUGCAUGAACGGAGCCACCUGUGUGGACGGAGUUGGACGCUAUUCCUGUCUUUGUCGCUCUGGGUUCACUGGGGCCACUUGUGAGGUCCCGAUUGAUGAGUGUCAAUCACAGCCGUGUCUGAAUGGCGGCAGUUGCCACGGCAAUGCUGGUGGCUUCAUUUGCACCUGCACACCCGGUUUCCAAGGACACCAAUGUGAAAUCAACAUCGAUGAGUGCCAAGAAGAACCAUGCCAAAACGGAGCUCUGUGUAUAGAUGGAGUGGACCAAUACAGCUGUGACUGCUCACACACAGCCUUCACUGGGAGACACUGUGAGGGCCUGAAGCCAUCAUGCGACUCUGAACCUUGCUUCAACAGCGCCAUCUGUAAGGACAGCCAGGGUAAUUACACCUGUCAAUGCUGGCCAGGAUUUGCGGGGCGUCAGUGUGAAAUAGACAUCAACGAGUGUGGCAGUAACCCUUGUUUGAAUGGAGGCCGCUGCAUUGAGAAGUCAUGGCAGGUCCUUUUUGGCAGUGAUCCUCUACUACCCGAGCACUAUGACCCGCGGCAUGCUGCAGGCUACAUCUGCAGCUGCCCUGCAGGAACAACAGGUUCCCUCUGCCAAGAAGUCACCGACCACUGUGAUCCCAAUCCCUGUCAAAAUGGGGGGAGGUGUGAGAGUCAUGACGGGGGGUACAUCUGUCACUGCAUGACAAAGCGUAGCAAUGGUUACCUUUAUGGAGGUGCAAACUGUGACGUCACGUUACUGGGUUGUGACGGCCAUGAGUGCCAGAACCGAGGCUCCUGCUCUCCAUUCCUAUUAGACGGGACUCACGGCUACACUUGCUCCUGCUCACCUGGAUACACCGGUCCCCUCUGCAAGAACCCCACAACCUUCUCCUUUGAACGAAGCGGGCAUUUGCUGCUCCAGAGCCCCCUUGUGGAUACCGAGGUCUCAUCCAACAUCACUCUCAGCUUCAAGACAGCUCUGCCAAAUGCAAUAUUGUUCCAGAGGAGCAUCAGGGGUCUUCUGCUGAACCUGGAUCUACAAGAUGGGCAGCUUCAUCUCAACCUGAGGAGAGAAGCAUCUGACGGCGUCCAAGCAGAGAGUCGAAUCGGGGCUUUGGAGCUGUCACAUAAAGUCACAGAUGGAGAGUGGCACACUGCUGAGGCAGUCCUCACAAACUGGGUACUGAGUCUGAGACUCCUGGAUGAUGCUGCAAAAUGUGAGCGCCAGUCAUGUUACAAGGCGGCCCCGGUCCAGAGCACCAUGGCUGGCCUGGUGUCACCUCCUCAGAACACCUUCAUCGGAGGAGUACUCAAGGACUCGCAAAACCCUGUUAAGGACUUGCCACUUCCUGCAUUCAUCGGCUGCAUGCGGGAUGUCUUUGUGGACUGGCAACUGAUUGUUCCUGAGGAGUGGCUGAGUGACUCCGCUGUGAACGUGUCCCCUGGCUGCAGCCAUCGGGACCGAUGCUUGGAUGUGCCUUGCCGAAACAAUGGACAGUGUGUCAACUUGUGGCAGAGCUACCAGUGCCAGUGUCCAAGGCCUUACGAGGGGCAGGACUGUGAAGAGGAACAUGUGACCGCACGGUUUGGGAACGAGGACUCUCUCAGUUAUGCUGCCUUCACCGUCACAGAUGACCUGGGUCACAACCUCUCAAUUUCUCUCUUCCUGCGAACCCGAAGGCCCAACAGCCUCCUGCUGGCCGUGGCCAACAGCAGCCGCUAUUACCUGCACGUGUGGCUGGAGGACGGCGUGGUCACGGCUCAGCUCGGUGACGACGAGAUCCUGAAGGGAGAGAGCUUGGUCAAUGACGGGGAUGUCCACUUCGUGAAUGUAGAAGUGACAAAAGAGCAAAUGAAGCUACACGUGGGUUCUCGCCAACAAGCUGAGUUGGAAGUCAGGACGGUCCGUAUUCAGGCUGGAGAUACUGUCUAUGUUGGAGGUCUGCUGGAAAACGAUGCGACUGCGGUGUUUGGUGGAUAUCUUAAAGGAUGCAUUCAAGACCUGCGGAUAAAUGACAGGAGGCUGCAGUUUUUUGGUUUGGAUACUUUGGUGAGAACAUUCCCUUUGCGACUUAUGGAGAAUGUAACCGCUGGCUGCACUGGAGACAAUACCUGCAGUAGGAACCCUUGUUUAAAUGGAGGAAUAUGUUACUCCAUGUGGGAUGACUUCACCUGCACCUGCCCACCCAGCACAUCAGGGCGGCACUGUGAAGAUGUCAGGUGGUGCGACUUGUCUCCAUGCCCUGCAGAAGCUGAGUGCAAGAUGUUGAACCACGGAUAUGAAUGUUACUCCAAUGCCACUUUCCUGAAUGACAGCACCGUGCUAGUCUAUCGAGGAAAUGGACAUAUUUCCCGCAAUCUAACCAACCUCUCUGUGAACCUCCGCACACGGAAACGAAACGCCGCUAUUCUUCACGCGGAGAAGGACUCUGCCUUUGUCACGCUCUCUGUCCAGGACGGCUUCCUCUUCAUGGAGCUCCAGAGCAGCACCAGAGACACUAAAGAGGAGGAAGACAAGACAAGAGUGUCCGCAGUCAGUCUCCGCAGCGCGAGGACCGUGAGUGAUGGCGAGUGGCACAGCGUCCACUUGUUCAUGACAGCACCUUGGGCUCAGACGUCUCAGUGGUCUCUGGUGUUGGAUGAUGAAGUAGAUGAAACCCAUACCUCUAGUGGUCCGGGGGGAAACCUGGACUUCCUCAGGCAGGGAGUGGAUAUCUUCCUGGGAGGGCUGUCUCCCGACACAGGGUGGUCACUAGCCGGGUGUCUGGGCACAGUGGAGCUGGGCGGCAUUGCUCUGCCUUACUUCACAUCAUCUCAGGUGAACCUCCCACGUUUGCAGGAGCAGCAGUUCAUCCAGACAUCGCUCAGUCUUCCGCUGGUCGGCUGCAGCGGGGCGCCCGUGUGCGUGCCCAAUCCGUGCUUGAAUGGAGGGGAGUGCCGGGACUUGUUCAAUGCCUUCAACUGCAGCUGUGCCGAGGGCUGGGCGGGGAGACACUGUAGCUUCUUCACCGACACGUGCGCCUCCCGUCCUUGUCUUCAUGGCAACUGCAGUGUCAAUGGGCUGACCUACAAGUGUACCUGCGAGCUUGGAUACACGGGAGUGGACUGUGAGCAGGAAGUGGAUGUGUGUGAAAACCACCUGUGUGCACAUGGCGGGACCUGCCUGCAUGGACCUGACGGGUAUGCCUGUCUGUGCCCUGAGAACUACACUGGACCCCUCUGCAAUGAGCAGGUUGAAGAAAUUCCUUGGUACAUUGUUGUCAGAAAUGUGCGGCCCAAGCUUCCUGUGUCUGUAUGUGGAGACAAUGUCAGAAACUACACCUGCUUCAAUGGAGGCAACUGCACUGAGCGUGAGCUGUCAUGUGACUGCCCGCCUGGCUUCACCGGACACCGGUGUGAACAGGAAGUGGAUGAGUGCAAAUCCAACCCUUGUCUGAACGGAGGCUACUGUCGGAACCUGGUCAACAAGUUCCACUGCGUGUGCGACAUGAGCUUCGCCGGCGACAUAUGCCAGACGGACCUGACCUCUGAAGGCGUCACCUCUGACCUGCUUCUGGCCGUCAGUCUGGUGUCCGUCCUCCUUCUCCUGGUUCUCAUCCUGACUUCAGCCGGACUGGUGGUCACACUGAACCGCCGGGCCACCCACGGCACCUAUAGCCCGAGCCGGCAGGAGAAGGAGGGAUCCCGGGUGGAGAUGUGGAGCAUCAGCCAACCACCGCCUAUGGAGAGACUCAUCUGAGGCAUCAUCAAAACAUCCUUUCAUGUCAAAGUCUCUAGAAAAAUCCAGAGGGAUAUGAAUACUGAUCCCUCCUGCUACGUCUUCUUCUUCUCUUACAGUUACAAUGCCAUCUACUGUAUGCAGUUGAAAUGACACGGCUAUAUUCACAGAUAGUGAAGAGAAAAUAACAGAAAACAGUUUGAUGGCGCUAUCUGCAGGUGAAAAAAUGUCCUGCAACUAUGAAUCCAACAGAGGGCGCUGUCCCACAAGUCAAUGCACUCAAUAUUGUUUUUAUUUUUAUUUUUUUUUAGCACUGGUGUAAUUGUGCAAGUACAACACUGUAGGCCUUUAAUUGUUUCUUCAUGUGUAAACACAAUUUUAAAUAUGAUUUAAUAAGUAUAUAUACAUAUUUAAGUAUCUGCUGGGGUCUUUUUAAUAUUAUGAGAUUUUGUUUAUUUUGUAAAAAGGCUAAAAAAAAUUCUAUAUUAUAUGUUUGAAUAUUAGUUAUUGCUCCAAUUUUUCCAUGUGUGCUGUUUUUAUUUCUAUAAUGUACCGCGGGCCACACUUUUCACGUUUUUUUUUUUUUUUUUUUGCCAUACCGCGAAUAGUAUAUAAUUAAUCAGGAAUAAUAACUAACAAUAUCAGUGAAGGUCUGUAUCUGUAUCAACAGCGCCUCUGCUGCUUACAGACCGGUACUGCACUCCAUUGUGUCUCAAUUGCUUUGAUGUCAACAGUCAUCGGAUGAAUGAAUUAUUAGGAAAACACGCAUUACUUUUUGUACAAAAUACUUGCUGACUAUUAUAGUCUGUCUUUAGGAAUAAUGAAAUUGUGGUGUCAUAUUUUGUGUACUUUAGUUUAUAUACACCGAGUGAUGUACUGUAUAUACGGGAUGAAAUCUGUCAUACUGUCUAAUUAGGUGCCAAUUACAUGAUUUGCAUUUUUUCCCUCAUGUGUCUUAUUAAACUGUCCA